AAGGGAUCCAUCUAAACGCGUUUUACCUGCAAUCGCGACACUCAAUUCCACUUUCCCUCAUGACCAUUGUUUCUUGCAUGUUUCUUCCAAAUUCCGAUUUUCUCAUAAACUCACAUACGAAUAAAAUAUUUCAUGGCUAUAGCAAUGGACGAAAAUUUGAGAGCAGAAUAUGAAAGUCAAUCACAGCAACUGCGCAUCGACUUGAAGACUUGGGAGACAGAAUGGGCAAAGACACACGAGGGCAAGAAGCCAGGAAGAGGGGACAUCAAGGCCAACGAAGAGAUCGCUUUGAAAUAUAAACAAUAUAACAAGGUUCGAGAUAUACUCUCGGGCAAAAUCCCACCUCCCUCGAAAGAACCCAGGAAGCGAAAAUCCGAUACUCUACCAGCACAGACACCCACCAAACGUACCAAACACACUCAGACUCCCUCCAAGAACCGUACACAAGACCAUGAUGAGGAACUCAUGAACACACCAGCCAUAUCGCGAAAGCUGUUCAGUCCCGCGUCGGUGACCUCAGUGGGUCCGACACCACAAAGGGAUGGUCGUGUGCUUGGCCUCUUUGACUUAUUGGUAGAGAAGGAGCUAGGAACACCGUCGAAAAAAGAUUCUCCGACCAAAUCAGAGUCCGCACGAAAGGUCAAUGCAACUCCGAGCAAACGAUCAGCUGCCAUGGAUGACGAGGAGAACGAGAGGCUUGGCCGAACCCCUAUGUCAUCUAGUAAACGACAAAGACUGAACCACUUCAUGACCCCGUUGAAGAACAAGGAUGGAAACAGGGAUGCCGUUACGCCCUCUUCGGUCUCGAAACUCCAAUUCGAUACACCCGCGUUCUUGAAACGCAAUACUCUACCAGUUCUUGACGAGAAUGGCGAUUUUGAUGCCCCAGCACCCCUACGGCUACCGCGCAAGCCUUUCACACGAGGUCUCAGUGAAAUUGUGGCGAGUCUUCGAAAGGUGGAGGAGGAGACCUUGGACGACGACUUGGACGCAUUGCGCGACGCUGAAGAAGAAGGGAUGGGUGAACCUAAGCCCAAGACGUUAUUCCCGUCGAAGCCAAAGGAUGAUGUUCUGGUAGAGGAGACCCAGACACGGCAAUUACCACUUGGUGGUUUCGAUGAUGAAGCCUUGUACGACAGCCCAGUGGAGGAAAAUGGCAACCCGACUAGAGUGUAUAAGAAGAAGGGUCAGAAGCGAACUACAAGAAUGGUCAAGAUGCGUCCAACUCGAACCAAGCGGCCCGAAAACAUGGGAGAGAACCCUCAGAGCGAUAUUGAGAACGACGAAACGCAAGCUGAUGGUGAAGAUGCUGGAUCUGAUUUUGAGGAAGUCAAGGAGAAGAAGCCCACACAGAAGAAGGAGGGCACUGUUAGGAAGGCUGCGCGAAAGGUCAAUGAGCUGGCUCAUGCAAACUUCCAACGGUUAAAGCUUAGGAAUCACGGAGCAAAGGGCGGCCCUGGUUUUAAUAGUAGAUUCCGGCGACGAAGGUGAUGAGCCAUUUUGGUCAUGGGCAAGAGGGUUAUUAUGAGAUGCAUUGCGUGGCGUUCUGAUUCGAGGCAUAUAUAUACCAACAGACAAGGAGAGGUUAUUUGUUACAUUGUCCAGUUCGGCGUAGAUGAGCGUUCAAGCUGGAAUAGAAUUAAGAGUCUCUGAGAUUCAUUCUGAUCAUCUACUUUUUGACCUUAUGUCUCGUACUGGAAUUAUUU